AUGUUCGGUGGAUUCGCGCCCCCCCAGCAGUCCCAGGAGGAGAUCCGAGCCCUCGAGGCCGAGGCCAACUUCACCGUCCAGCAGGCCGUUGCCACCGUUGUCCUUCUGUACCUUUCUCCCUUCGUUGUCGACCUUGCCAGCAAGGUCUUCUAG